AUGACGUUAGUGUCACAUGAAAAUAGUACAUUGAAUCACACAUAUGCGCGUUGGAUAGAUCAAGAAUUAGAUCAUUUUAGUUCAAAAGAAAAUAGAAAGUGGAAAAUGAGAUAUUUACAAAGAAUUGACCUAUGGAGACCAGGUGGACCUAUAUAUUUGUUUGUGGGUGGCGAAAGCAGUGUGUCACCGAUAUGGGCAUCAGCUGGAAUGACGUAUGAAUUAGCAAAGGAAACAAAUGGCGCUAUUUAUAUAUCUGAACACAGAUAUUAUGGUAAGAGUAAGCCAUUUAACAACACAAAUGUAGAAAAUUUUAAAUUUUUGACUGCAAGACAGGCCCUGGCAGACUUAGAACAUUUAUUGAAAUAUAUAAAGCAACAACCCCAAUUCAAGUAUUCUAAAAUUGUAGUUAUUGGUGGAUCAUAUGCAGGAAACUUGGCUGUUUGGAUGAGGUUAUUCUAUCCAGAUGUAGUAGACGCUGUAAUAUCAAGCAGUGCUCCGGUGCUAGCAAAAAAAAAUUUUCAUGAGUAUCUGGAGAAAGUGAAUACUGUUUACGAACUGUUUGGAACACAGGACUGUUUAGAUACAAUAAAACAGAUAUUUCGAAGAUAUGAUAUGCUCUUACAGAGUGCCGAAGGAAUCAAGCAGUUGAAAAGUGAGGAAAAUAUUUGCGAAAAUUGUAAUUUAACUAUUCCAGAGAAUCAACAAACUUUUUUCUCUAAUAAAGUUAAUGAAUAUAUGACGAAUGCUCAAUAUGGUAAUCCGGAUAAAAUUAAAAAUCAUUGUAAACGUCUAAACGACAGUUUACGGAUUAGAUCAGAUGAUGAUGGCGAAAGUAAAAAAUGUCAUAAUUACGACUUUCAAGAAAUGAUUAAUGACGAAGAGUUACAAAAGGAAGAAAACGAAUGGAUUAUAACUUGGUAUUACCAAAUAUGUACAGAGUUUGGCUAUUUUACAACCACGAACUCAAAUAAACAACCGUUUACUAGUAAUAUUCCGCUGAGUUAUUAUGUAAAAAUAUGCACAGCGCUAUUUGGUCCUGAAUUCGAUGAAAAAAGAAUUGACGAUGGCAUAGAAGCUGUGAAUCAAUUGUAUGGUGGGCUAAAACCUAAUGUGACGAAGGUUGUUUUUACAAAUGGGGAUAUAGAUCCUUGGAGUACAUUAAGUAUUUUAGAAGAUCUUUCCUAUAAAGCACCAGCUGUGAUUAUUCCAAGCGUGUCGCACUGCCGAGACAUAGUGUCUAAUAAGAAAAACGACUCUGAAGAGCUCAGAGAAGCAAGAAAAUAUAUCAAAUACUUGGUUAAAGACUGGAUCGGGGCAAAGGAUAAUUAUAAGUUAAAAUUAAUUGAUCAUCAUGUAAUUGUGUCUAAGGGC